AUGAAGCUCCCUACCCUCCACGAAGGGUAUGAACAACUACUUAACCUACAAGCGCUGUUCUGGCGGAAAGUUACCGGUAUCGACGAGAUGGAUAAUCAAUCCUCGAAGCCUCCAAAUAUCAACCAGACAUACCGUUGGACAGACGACCAGGAUUUGGCUGAGCAUAGGGACUAUGUUCUACAGGCGCUCGAAGGCAGGGGCUCUGGCAAAGUGUAUCAAACCAAAGGUGAUCUCGUCUUCAUCGUUAAAGAUGAUUCUAAGAAAGGUUGCGACAACCUUUCCUGCCCAGAAGUAGGAGAAGACACACUUGAAAGAAUCAAGAGGGGCCCUCUUUUCAUCACGCUUGAACCACUCCUUGAUUGGGGAACCGUCACGCCGGCUUCUAACAUGUGCGUGGCUUCUGGUAAAAUCAUCGCUUUUCGCCGUAAUGGACCGAGAAUGGAUGACCCUUUGUGGACUCAACAGGUCAAAAAGUUGGUGCCUAGGCAGACACGCACCUACUGUUUGGACUGCCUGGAAGAGCUUGUGAACCGACGGACAGAGGCGCAGUCUACCACCAACCGGUCCGCGGGUCAGUCACAACAAGGUAGAUAUCGCCAUGUUCCUAAUCGACCUAUUCAGCGUCCAACUUCUAGGAGCGAACUUUACGAUGUGAGGGAGGGCGGCGGGUCGGACGAUGCUUCGAGCUGUGAAGGCCUGAUUCCCUCGACUGCUGGCUCGCUACAGCUCGAUGGCGUGACUGAACAAACUCCCUACACAGAGUCCCGUAACUAUGCACCCGCCAAGAUGAAUGACCGCGAGAGCUCUUGGACAGUUGAGCACAAGACGGGCUUCGUUAAGUAUACAAUGAGCGGCAAAGAAUUAUCCCGUUCACAGCGCCUUCCAGGUACCUACUCUCCAACAGUCGCUCAUAGCAGAAUGGACAGUGUCCACUCCCAUUCAUCGACUGGCAGCUCUUCUUAUUACCCUCUCCCUUGCCACAACUCUCAACGGUUGACUCCUGGAUCAUCAGGAAACUCCGCUUUCGUUUAUCGAGACCCUACAUCCGUACAGCAAGACGAAUACGAAAAGCUGGGCAGCGCAAUCCUCCUGGAGAACAGUGUACCUGAUUUUGGGAGUGGUCAUCGCGAAUUUGGCCGUGACGUUGAAACCAACCUUGUCUGUCGUUUCUUCACCAAUCACCGAGUAAGACGCGAAAAUAUGACCAAAACCGAGGACACCAAUAUCUGCAACGUCUUCACAGUAGUGAAUCCACGCGGUCCUCUAACACUCAAACGCUCGGUCAAGACCAACAACAUAAAUUACGAAGAGUUGAAUCUGAGUGAUGAUGCAUCUGACGCUGCAAAGGAAGACGCCGACCCAGACACACCGGAUGGAGAAUAUACACCUACCAAGAACAAGGGAAAAGCUAGGUCAAAGUUUGUAUCGCCGAGUAAGAAGAGAAAAAGACCAAGCCCGCCGUCAAAGACCACAGCGAAAGCACAACAAUUCCACGCACCCGUCUACCGCAAGCACGACCCAACCACCGACGACUCACCACCCUUUGGUGUCACUCAAGCAGCCUUCGAGACAUACAACAAACACUUACCCGCAAAGGGCGACCUAAUCUGCUCCUGCCACGAGCCUGCGCGUACGAACGACGUUCCGAUCACGCAAUGCGUGAACAAGGGUUGCAAAGUACGCUGGUACCACAAAGAUUGCCUGAGCACACGUGGCAAGUUACAAGCUAGACAUGGAACCUAUCUCUGUGAGCAAUGCCAAAAUGAAAAGUACUAUGCGGAACUAUCUCGAACCAAUGGGUGGUCUGGAAAAAGAUUGGUGCAAAAUGAGGCUGCGAUGCCUUUUACUGGGCACGAGAUGGCAGGAAUACUUGGUAACACGGGUAACUUCCAGGCUGUCGCGAAUCCGUAUGGUCUUGCCAUGUCAGCUAUAAGUAACGCGCUCUCCCCUUUUGCUCAACCGUUCAUCCCGGGCAUUGCGGCUGCAACAGAUGCUGCGGUUUCGAGUCGUCUGGCGGUGGGCUCCGAGCCUUCUCUUGGUUUGGAGACGUCGCGCCCCUACUUUGUUACGGAGGCUUAUACUAGGGCGGGCGAACACCAGCAUGUUGCCGAUGAAGCGUGGGAGAAUGCGCAGUCGCUUGCUCAACUGAGAAUUAUGACUAGCUCACAGAAACGAGUUGGACUCAUCGGUCUCUCGGCCAAAGGAUCAUGGGCAUCCAGCUCUCAUCUUCCUCACCUCCAGCGCACUCCUCACUAUACUAUCACUGCUCUCCAAAAUAGCUCUCUUAACUCAGCCAAAGCAUCAGCCAAACAGUACUCUCUAGACUCAGUUUCCACCCACGACUCCCCCAACUCUAUUGCUCAGGAUGCCAAUGUAGACAUCGUAGCCGUUAGCGUCAAUGUACCCCUACACUACGCGCUUAUCCGUCCCGCUCUCGAGGCAGGGAAAGACGUAUUCUCUGAAUGGCCCUUGGCGCGGAAUUUGAAAGAAGCAGAGGAAUUGACUGCUUUGGCUCAGGCAAAGGGUGUGAGAACGAUGGUGGGCUUGCAAGCCCGCCAAAACCCUUCGAUUCUCAAAGCAAAGGAAAUCGUUGGGUCAGGAAAACUAGGGAAAAUCUUGGGGACGACGAUGUUCGGCCAUGGCAUGAUAUUCGGCGGCACAAUUUUUCCCUCCCAUCUAUACAUGCUCCCAGUCGAAGCAGGCGCAAAUGUCCUCACCAUUCCCUUUGGUCACGCUGUCGACGCGCUCUGUUACGUAUUUUCUAGCGAACUCCGCUCAAUCUCCGCCGUGCUAUCCAACCGCUACCCAGAACUUGAGGUGAUCGAUGAGAAGACCUACCAGCCCAAGGGUGAAAAGAAAAGUAAAACUUCCCACGACUUUAUUUCCAUGACUGCAGAACUUGUCAACGGAGGCGGCAACGUAGAUGUCAAUUAUGCUCCGGGUUUGUCGCGCAGUGGACGAGAUUUCUACUGGGAGAUUAUCGGAUCCGAGGGUACACUUGUCUUAGAAGGACCGAAGAUGGGUGGACAUGUGCAGAUGUUCCAGCCUACUGUCAAGAUCGCAUUGGGUCAGGAAGAACUCAGAAAAGUUGAAGUGGAGAAGGCUGAGGAUACGUCGUUCAAUGUGGGGAGGGCCUGGGAUGCGUGGGCUGGGGAAGGUGUAGGCAGCGUCACGACCUGGGAGGAUGCUGUUAUCAGGCAUAAGAUGAUUGAGGCGAUUUACAGAAGUGCGGAAAAGAGUACCAAGGAAGAUUAUGUCGUGGAAAUCUUCGGCUGUGGCGUCUCAUGGCAAAACAUCAACAUCAUACCUUCCCGCCCAUCACAGAUCUGUCUGUUACAACCCAUCACAAUUCUCCGUCUUCGCCUUGGCUUAUCGUCCGUGGCCAUGGCUUCACCAACAUCAACUUCGAGGUCUUCGACAAGUCUAAGCUCGCAAGCUGUCGACGAGAAGCGCGAUCGGCCAUUGAGUCCAAACAUCUCAGGAACACAACCUUCACAGCCAGAUUCGAAGUCUAGUCCUACGUUCAUAUCUUGGGCCUCAUCAACCGACUCUUCAAAUCCUUUCAACUUCUCUUCCUCGAAAAAAUGGCGCACGACGCUUCUAGCCUGUACCAUGACAUUCGUCGUACAAAUCUCAGGAACAAUGCUCACAUCCGCCGCCGAGCAAAUCAACACCAGCUUCAACAUCAGCGACGAGGCAUUCCCACACUCCUACUGGCCAGUGUUGAGUUGGAACCUGGGAGGCGCCGCAGCACCACUCUUGGGACUGCCUUUGAUGGAGAACUUUGGGGUACGAUGGAGUUAUCUGGUCAUCUACGCAGUUCUGAUCAUCUUCAUCAUUCCACAAGCGUUAGCCAAAAACUUCGCGACAAUCAUUGUAACGAGGAUCAUUACGGGUUCUUGCUCGGGUGUGCUUGCAAAUAUAACGUCGGGCAUUGUGAGUGAUAUAUGGAAAGACGGAAGAGCGAAGAGUUUCGGUACCUCACUUUACAUUUUCGCCCUACUUGCGGGCCUUAACAUGGGGCCUGUUUUUGGGAGUUUGGUAGUGCAGUAUACGACCUGGCGAUGGGUCUUCCUAAGCCAGAUCAUCUUCUAUAGCGCCCUUAUACCAGUGCUGUUCUUCCUCCUCCCCGAGGUUCGACCCGAUGUCAUCCUCACUCAGCGUGCACGUCGUAUUCGUGCAGAGACUGGAAAAGAGGUGUAUGCACAGGCGGAGAAAGAGCAUACAAAUUUUGGUGAAAUCCUUAGGGAGACGCUUGUCAGACCCACACGUAUGCUCUGUACCGAAGGUGUAGUUCUGUCUUUUGGAAUGUGGAGCGCUUUCUGCAUCGGCACAGCGUUCAUGUUCACACAGUCCAUCGUGCAAGUCUUCUCGGAGUUGUACGGCUGGUCUUUCUUCGGCACGGGCCUUGUGCAAUCCGCAGUCGUGAUCGGGGAGCUUAUCGGCCUUGUCGCAUCCCUAGUUCAAGAUCGAAUCUACUUCGCAUCCGCGAAACGCAACACGGAUACACCAGGAAAACCGAUUCCUGAAGCACGACUCUAUCUCAGUAUUCCAGCUUCGUUUAUUGGUCUAAGUGGCGGACUGUUCUACUUCGCGUGGACGUCCUACGCUUCUAUACCAUGGAUUGUACCUAGCAUAUCGCUCGCCUUUGUUGGUUUCGGUAUGUUCUGCAGCACAGCUGGAGUGACGACGUAUGUGGUUGAUGCGUACGCAAAGUACGCUGCUAGUGCCAUUGCAGGCAUUGCAUUCCUUGAGAACUUCAUGGCAGCGUUCUUACCGCUUGCAACCCAGAGUAUGUACCGUACGUUGGGCUUCCAAUGGGCAAGUAGUUUGUUGGGCUUCGUCGCAUUAGCACUGAGUUUCAUUCCUUUGAUAUUGUUGAGAUUUGGGAAAAGCAUACGUGGAAAGAGCCCAUUCAUGAGUGAAGCGGGGUACGAAGAUUGA